AGGUAAUAAAACGUAGAAGGGGAGUGGUGCGACAGCGCUCAUAUUGUAUACUCUACACAAUCGUCUUCAUCUCUGAGUCAAUUCAAGACUAUCGUCCAGUCAUGUCCGCUUCUCACAUCGCCAGUCUCUUCCUGCUACCAUUGGUGCUUGGUAGCAAGUGGCACCGACGAGACUUCGACAGUUAUGCCGGUGCACCAGUGAACAACAUCACAGUAUCUGCAGACAAUGUGGUCCAAUGCUCGUCCGCGACUGUCUCGUGGACAAAUACCAACCCUCCCGUAGACCUCGCGAUCGGGAUUGGAGGCUACUACGUCGGGACCAGUUGGCUCACCACCAUCCACGUCGACAGUGAUGAUAGCACUUCUUGGACGGUCAAUGUGGCUUCUGGAGAUACCUUGAUAUUCCAAGUAACAGAUUCAGAUGGAGCCGUGGCCUAUGUCCAGAAUAUCGAGGUACAACCUAGUGACGACGAUUCAUGCCUCAGCGAUCAAAGUGGACCCUCAAGCGCAUACUCUAGUGCGUCGGCAUCAGCGACGGAUGACGGAGAUGACAGUCAGGCGGCAUCCGCUACGCCCAGCUCUGCAGAAUCUGACUCUGCGGCAUCAGAUUCUCCGGCUGCAAGUGCCACGACUACGACUCAUGCUCAGGCUCAGGCUCAGGCUCAGACUCAGUCGCCAAGUACCCAAUCCGACGCCAGGCCCUCACCGACCACAGUCAUCUCUGGCCUCGGCACCGUGCCCACAUCCACGACCUCACGCAAAGCAUCUGCCGUUGUCACAAUGGGCUCCAAAGCGGCCACCUCCCUCUCAGCAAGCGCUUCGGCCAGCCAGAGCGGUGCUGCCCAAGCUGAACAAGCGAACAAGACAGGCGCUUCGCUUCCCCGUUUCGAUGUGCCAUCAAUCAUGGGACCUCUCGUCUCUGUGUUGCUUGUUGCGUCUUCGGCAUUCGUCUGGAUAUGACCUUUAGAUGAUCGUGGCAUUGGCAUAUGCAUCACAAAGUAG